AUGGAGAGUCUUCCAGUGACGUCGGGACUCCGCAUUUGGGGUACAAUUUGUAUUUACCUGUUCACUUUCUCAUCGACAGUCGUCUUCACCCGCCAAAAUGCUAUCUUGUUCCGACUCACGGCAAUCGCCAUCCUGUGCUACCUUAAUUACGUCUUCCAUCUUGCCAUUCUCGAGACAUCGAUGACCACCACUCAGAAAUGCGCGGUCUGUAACAUGAGCUGGGGUUUUUGGGUCAGUGGUGCCGAGCAACUUCUUCUCUCCCACUUUGACGCCGAGGACCUUAUCGAUAAGUCCGAGGGUCGCGUCAGCAACCUCACACUGCUCUUCCGAGGAGUGAAACUAUACUUCAACCUACGUCGUGUUGGUGUUCGAGGCGAUGUAUCUAUGAGAAGACGGAAAUCUCAAACUCGAGCUCAGUUGUUGAGAUCCAAGAUGAUCGAGCUUCUUGGUCUCUAUCUUACCUUGGAUGUCGCAUUGAACGCACCACUCCCUGAAGGACACUUGGUCACCCGAGACAAAGAGACGCUUUUCAGCCUUUCAAACCUGACAGUUGAAGAUCUAAGCUUUCGCUUUGCCGGUACCUUCGGAUAUUGGCUGUUGUCAUUCGUCUGUAAUCGCUUCAACAAUGCCUGCGCAGCUAUCGCUUCUCUCGCGCUGGGACUAAGUCAGCCCAAUGAAUGGCCAUCUUUGAACGGGCCUAUUAGUGCUUGUUAUACCGUUCGAGGAUUCUGGGGUACCUUCUGGCAUCGACUCUACCGGAGACAACUCACCGGUUGGGGAGACUUCAUCCCGGACAAGAUCCUCAGGUUGCGCCGCGGUACCUUGCUGUCGAGAUACAGCCGUCUCACUCUAGCCUUUUUGUUGUCUGGUCUGAUGCACCAUCCCAUGGUCUCUGUCUACAGGCUGGGUGCUGAAGACAUGUGGUCUUGUGAGAAGUUCUUUUUGUUGCAGGCAUUUGGAGUCAUGGUUGAGGACGCUGUGCAAGGGAUGACCCGACAACUCGCUAUACCAAGACCAAUGCGCCGUUUUGUUGGAUAUACGUGGGUUGUUGUCUUUCUGGUUUGGUCGACGCCAGUAUGGAUGUUCCCACCGAUGCGUCAAGGGGAUUCAGGGCAGAUGGUACCUUUCAGUCUUGUUAGCCUUCUCAAGUAA